GUCAUUGCUCUUGAAUUGGCAAUUUGGGCAGCGCGGCCAAUGUUGAACAGAACAGAGAGUUGGAAUUCUCAAACUUCAUGGUGGCACAACCAUUUCAUUUUAUUUUAUUGAACUCAACAGAGGAAAGGGGCCACAAGACGCAGAAAACAACAAGAGUGCUCGUGCAUGAAUGAUGAAACCCAUUACAGGCAGCCCCUUAAAUUCAAAAUUUUCUGAUAUCAGUGAUGAAACGAGACUGGUCCCUAAAUCCCUUUCUUGGGUUUCUUUCUUCUUUUUCCAAAAUCUUAUUGGCAUUGCUCGAUUAUAGCUCUCAGGCUUACGGUUACAGAGUGUUAAUUUCUUGGAAGAUGAGCUUUGGAUGCAGGGCAGGCACACACCCUCUCCUCGUGUACAUGUUAAAGCGUUAGAAUCACGAUCUUCUCUCUUGAAAGGAACCCCAUUUUGGAAUUUUCGUCGCCAUCUCAGACCCUAGUUUGGACUGUUGCUAAUUAGGGUUUCAUUUAUCUUGAAUUUUUUGCUUUAAAUGCUGUGUCUGCACUGUUUAUAAGCUGUGAUCUCGUGCGCAAUAAAAGUGCAAUAUAUAAUAUUUUUUUCUUCAACCCCACAGCUCAUGUCCUCUAAUGAGAAAAAGCUACUGUCGUAGGACCAGAUGAAAAUGUCUCAACUUUAUGCUUCGCAGGGUUGAUUUAGGGCUUUCUUUCCCCUAUUCCGAGAUGGGUUUGCUUUAAAUUUCUCCAAAUCGGUUUCUUCUUGUAGGGGUUAUUCUUAUCUUGAGGAAUUUUUUCCGGAAAACCUUUCCUACCCGCACGAGAAAAGAAUUGUCAAUUAGUCAUUCAAGGAUUAUUCUGCAGAUACAGGGUUUUGGCUUUGGUAAACUGGUUUUCCUUAGGGUUCGUUGAUUGUUUGUCAAUUUGGCUUCCGAGAAAAAAAACCCAGAUGCAAUAGCCACAAUGUUGAUUUCAAUGAGUACUCAUUUCGAUUUCGUCACACCCAUCAAGAAUUACUCUUCGGUAGAUGCUGAUGCAUUGGACAUGUUCCACUUUUGUUAGAGGACUUCCUUCAGCAACCUUGGUUACAUUUGAAUUUCUCCCUCAAGUCUUUGAAUUGUUUCUUGAAUCAUGGGCUGCGUCCAUGGGAAGUGCUGCAGGCGGUACAUGCCAUCAACGGACGGCGAUUCUCGAGAUUGCAGAGAAGGGAGUCGUUUUGGUGUUCAUAAAAGGCAUGUACUCACAGAAAGUUCAAUAGAGUUGGCCCCUGUUCCUUCCCAUAACUUCUGUCUGGAGUUCUCAGCCUUCACGCAGCGCGGAUACUACCCCGACUCGCCAGAUAAAGAAAACCAAGAUAGCUUUUGCAUCAGAACACAAAUUCAAGGUAAUCAAAAUCUCCAUUUCUUCGGAGUAUUUGAUGGGCAUGGGCAAUUUGGCAUGCAUUGUUCAAAUUUCGUUAGGAAUAGACUAGUGGAGAUACUAUCAGAUGACCCUGCAUUGACGGAGGAUCCUGUAAAAGCUUAUAAUUCUGCUUUUUUAGCCGUAAAUUCUGAACUACACAAUAGUGAGAUAGAUGAUUCGAUGAGUGGCACGACCGCCAUUACUGUUCUUGCUUUUGGCAAUACCCUUUUUGUUGCAAAUGUGGGCGAUUCGAGAGCUGUGAUUGCGACUAAGGAUGGGAAUCGAAUUGUAGCUCAAAACUUGUCAAAUGACCAGACACCAUUUCGUAGAGACGAGUAUGAGAGAGUGAAGCUUUGUGGGGCCAGGGUUUUAAGUGUUGAUCAAGUGGAAGGGCUUAAGGAUCCAGAUAUUCAAAGUUGGGGUGAUGAAGAGACAGAAGGUAGUGAUCCUCCAAGGCUGUGGGUUCAGAAUGGGAUGUAUCCUGGGACUGCAUUUACAAGAAGUGUUGGAGAUAGUACAGCUGAGAAGAUUGGCGUGACUGCUGUUCCGGAGGUGUCAAUUCUUCAGCUUACUCCUGAUCAUCUGUUCUUUGUCAUUGCAAGUGAUGGGGUUUUCGAGUUUCUCUCAAGCCAAGAAGUAGUCAAUAUGGUGGCAAGUCAUUCAGAUCCUCGGGAUGCAUGUGCUGCCAUUGCUGGAGAAUCAUACAAGUUGUGGUUGGAGCAUGAAAAUCGAACAGAUGAUAUAACAAUCAUCAUUGUACACAUUAAAGACCUUACUAAUGUAUAAAUGAUUCAAAUAUUUCAGUGGAUUCUCAUUUUACUAAA